GCUGUCGCAGGCCGCGCGGGCACCGGGGAAGGACCGUCCCUCCCUCGCCCUGCCCUGCCCCGGACUGAACUCUGCACGGUCUCCCCAGGGGACGCUACCAGGCUGUCCCCCUCCGUCCUCCCCGCCCGCGCACCGGGCGACAGGUGCUGCGGGCGCCGCCGCUCGCUCGGAAAUGCGAGCUACCUGGACAGGCCAUUGUUGGCACGGCCCCGUUGGGCUGGGGACCUCGCCCGACCCACGCCCUGCCCGGGAGAAGAGCCACCCCCUCCCCCAGGUUCUCUCCUGGCCCGCCUCCUCCGCCCCUCUUCUCCCUGGGAAGACAGGAGGAAUUGUGCUAUAAAGAGGCAUCACAAUGCGCCCGGCCCCAUGCAAGUUCUCCCUGCCUUGGCACUCUCAGUACCCUCCCAAGAGUCCCUGGGGGCCACUGGAGCCCUUGACCAUUGGGAGUUCCAUCUCACCACCAAGGAAGGCCAUGAUCAAGGAUGUUUAAGGAAGAAGUAUGAAGGCCCUGGCCAGGAUCACCUGUGUGGCUGGGAGGAAUCACAGAAACCCUCGGUACCCAGCCAUGGGCUGAAGACACCAUCAGGCAAAAAGUUGAAGGCGCCACACCCACCCCUAUCCCGGACAUGGAAGCAGGAGCACGAGCUGUCCCUGGCGGUGGCCUAUGUGCCGGUCAUGGUGGACCCCAGGGGGAACAACCCAGACAAGCUCAGGUUCAAUUUCUACACCUCCCAGUACUCCAACUGCCUGAACCCCUUCUAUACCUUGCAGAAGCCUACCUGUGGCUACCUGUACCGCCGGGACACUGACCACACCCGCAAGCGCUUUGAUGUGCCUCCUGCCAACAUGGUCCUGUGGCAAACCUAG